AUGGCGGACCGUAUCUUCGCACAGCUGGACCAACUCGAGAGGGGCGCACGUCUCGACGACCAUCACUCACAUAACACAUACACCGACAACCCAGCAUCGUAUGCUGGCCGAGAUAGUUACGGCAAAUACUACGCAGAAGAAGCACCCUUGCAACACGAUCAUGAGCACGUUAAUGAGAAACCAAUGGAACUUGACUCAUUCGAUGAAGCCUUACUCCGGCAAGCAUAUCUGGGUGCACAUCGCGAUGAAGGAAUGCCUGUGCGUCAACAUGCACCUGCCGCGCUCAAUCUGUCUCGCUUCUCUUUCAAAUCAGAUCAUGCCGGCGGAAGCACUUCAUCGCCUUUCGAGCAGCCUUUGCCGUCAAGCCCAGCCUUCAGCGCCAGUCAGCAGCGACCUGCCGCUUACAAUCCUAGUCACGGGGGGUCGCUUGCUCCACCACAGCAUCUGACGUACCCAGCAGAGUCUAGACCUCCAUACUCAUCCCAUAGACGGACGCAACCAACUGCUGGAGACGUACCAAGUAGGCAUAUGCCGAUGCAGCAAGACUUCCGUCCGAGUUAUGCAGCAUCUCAGCCAACUUCGCGGCCGGAACAGGUACAGCUUGGACCUCCAGUCGUGCAAGGCAUCAACCUUGUUUCCACACAUGAGCUCCCUGACCGCUUUCGCGCCAUCUUCCCAUUCCCCCUUUUCAACGCUGUGCAGUCCAAGUCGUUCUCCACGAUUUACAAGUCAAACGACAACUUUGUACUCUCGGCACCUACUGGCAGUGGGAAGACUGCUGUGCUGGAGUUGGCGGUCUGUCGUAUGCUCAACAGUUUCAGCAACGGCACAUUCAAGGUUGUCUAUCAAGCGCCCACAAAGUCUCUGUGCGCAGAACGUCAGCGCGAUUGGCAAAGCAAGUUCGGUCCGCUAGAUCUGCAGUGUGCUGAGUUGACUGGCGACACGGAAAGUACACAGCUACGCAACGUCCAGAAUGCGAGCAUUAUCAUCACGACACCAGAGAAGUGGGACAGCGUCACACGGAAGUGGAAGGACCAUCAGAAGCUCAUGCAGAUGGUCAAGCUCUUUCUCAUCGACGAAGUCCACAUACUCAAAGAGGACCGUGGCGCCACUCUCGAGGCUGUUGUGUCACGCAUGAAGUCCGUGGGAUCAAAUGUACGCUUUGUAGCUCUCAGUGCUACUGUGCCCAACUUUCAAGACAUCGCUGCCUGGCUUGGGAAAGAUCCCUUGAAUUCGCAUCUGCCAGCCAUCAAAGAGCGCUUCGGCGAAGAAUUCCGACCUGUGCGACUCGAGAAGCACGUCUGUGGAUACCAAUCGCCCGGCAACGAGUUCGCUUUCGAUAAGGUUCUUGGGUCGAAGCUGCCGGAAGUGAUUGUGAAAUACUCACACCGUAAACCAAUCAUGGUCUUCUGCAUCACAAGAGCAUCAUGUGUCGACACGGCAAAGCAGCUUGCGACAUGGUGGUCGUCGAAAGGCCCACAAGAGCGCUACUGGGCGGCACCUCGCCGCAGCAUCGUCGUCGGCGAGAAGGAUCUCAAAUCGACAGUGGCGUCUGGCGUUGCUUUCCAUCAUGCCGGCCUGCAGAUACAAGAUCGCAAUGCCAUCGAAAAGGCCUAUCUGGAGGGUGAGGUCAACGUCAUAUGUUGCACAUCAACUCUGGCUGUGGGCGUGAACUUACCUUGCCACAUGGUCAUCAUCAAGAAUACUGUGACUUACAGUACCAACGGCAUCAAGGAGUACUCCGAUCUUGAGAUCAUGCAAAUGCUUGGACGAGCUGGCCGACCACAAUUCGACGAUAGCGCCGUGGCAACUAUCAUGACCACGUCGCAGCAGGUAAAGCACUACGAUAACAUGAUCACUGGCGAAGAGAUCCUCGAGAGCUGCCUGCAUCGGAAUCUCCUCGACCACCUCAAUGCUGAGAUCGGCCUAGGCACCAUCGAUAAUGCGUCAUCAGCUAAGCGAUGGCUCUCUGGGACAUUUCUGUAUGUUAGGCUUAAGGAGAAUCCGGAGCAUUAUAAGCUACCUGGAGAUACCCCUGGCCACAAUCUCGAUGAUCGCCUCGAAACCAUAUGUCGCAAGGGCAUCGCUCUACUUGAGCAGCAUGAUCUCGUCAAGUCGACACCCAGACUGCAUAGCACAGAAUUUGGCGAUGCCAUGGCACGCUACUACCUGCAAUUCGACACCAUGAAAGUGAUUCUCGCGCUGCCACCAAAAGCAAAGAUCUCCGAGAUCCUCUCAGCUGUGGCACAAGCAGCUGAAUUCAAGGACAUUCGCUUUCGGAGUGGCGAGAAGGGGGUGUACAAGGACCUCAACAAGAACUCCUCGAUCAAGUUCGCCAUACCCGUCAACAUCGAUCAGCCAUCGCACAAGGUUUCCUUGAUCAUACAGGCCGCACUUGGGUCUAUCGAGAUACCAAGCGACGACUAUCGCAUCACUAACGAGCAUCAAACAGCCAAGUCAGCCAUCUUCCAGCACGCGCAUAGGCUAGUACGAUGUAUAGUCGACUGCCAAUUAUUCUUGGACGAUGCAAUCACUACUCGGAACGCUUUGAUGCUUGCUCGUAGUCUUGCGGCUCAAGUCUGGGACGAUAGUCCUCUGCACAUGAAGCAACUGGAUGGCGUCGGUCCAGUAGCCGUGCGCAAGCUUGCUGCUGCUGAUGUCACCAGCAUCGAGGAGAUCGGAGACACAGACGCUCGCCGCUUAGAGCAAGUCCUGAGCCGCAACCCACCAUUUGGUGCGCAAGUGCAAGAACGAGCUCGCUCAUUUCCACGACUACGUGUGUCGUUGAGUUUAGUAGGCGAGCACGUCAUCAAGCAGGGCGUACAUGUGACGGUCAGGGUGAAGGCCGAACUUGGUUUCCUGAACGAUAAGACGCCCGAAGUCUUCCAGCGUCGCCCUGUGUAUAUCUGCUUGCUGGCUGAUACGUCCGACGGCCAUUUGGUGCAUUUCGCUCGCAUCAGUGCAAGGAAGCUUGGCAAGGGUCAAGAUGUUCUCUUCAGCGCCAAUCUUACAGGGGCCAGCCAGAGCAUUCGAGCCCAGGUCAUGUGUGAUGAGAUUGCCGGCACUGCACGCAGUGUGGUCCUCAAGCCUGACAUUCCUGCUUCGGCUUUUCCUCCACCGAAGACGGCGGAAGCCAUGAAUGCUCGGAAAGGCCAGGUCGUUCAUGCACCAAAUACAUCGAAGCGCCGGGCAUCAGCAGACAGGGCUCGGACCGAUGCAGACGAUGAGUUUGAUGAUGCUGGAAUCGAUGACUCAGACAUGGCGAUGGCAGAAGGCGAUGGCUUUAUCGAUAUCGAACACCUGACUGAAAUGAACACCGAACCCAAAGCGAAGAAGCAGAAGCGUACGAACAGCACGCAAUAUCCCGCCGAUCAUGAGCCGCGACAACUCCCAAACGGCAAAUGGGCCUGCAACCAUGCUUGCAAAGACAAGACUGCCUGCAAACAUCUCUGCUGUCGUGAAGGCACGGACAAGAAGCCGAAGCCACCAAAGCCAAAGGAGAACAAGAAGCAAGGCUCUCAUCCCGCCUCGGAUCCCGAGCAGACGCAGCUGUCCGUGAGCAAGUCGAAGACUGCUACUUCAACGAUCAAGAAGGCGGAUGCCAAGCUAGAUGCGCCUCCGAAGGGGGCUAAGGAGUCUCGUGAGACCCAAAAUCUGCAUCGUCUGCACGACAGCAUCAUGACCUCAGCUGCAAAGGUACCCCUUCUGCCUACCGCCCCAAGUACCAGUGGCGCUUCGAGCUUGAGCUUUCUCCCUGCUGUUGCAGCUUCAUCCACCCAUCGCGCGGGACAGUAUUCGAGCGACUAUGGUGCUGGUACGUGGGACACCGAAGAUCUUGCAGACCUUGAUCACGGACCUCUUGGUACUCAGGCUGCCCACCGCAUGAGCCCGCCACGAGCACCGGAGAACGAUAAUGGUUUUGACGACGAUAUGCUCGACGCAGACUUUGCGGACGUCGAUACACUGGCCGAGUCGCAGCCUCCAAACGAGAACAACGGCGAUGGCUUUGCCGAUUUCUCGGCAUAUACGAACGACAUGGGUGGCUUGGCGCAGCACGAGCAGGACUUUGACGAGUUCAAUGCCGGACCUAGUCAGACGAAUGGUAGGCUACCUUCAAUAAACAAAGCUGAACGCCACGGCAUAUUUCUCAGCGACACUUUCGAUCACCCUGAUCCUGUCAACAAUAUGCACGAAUACGAUGCCAUUGAAGCGGCCGGCUAUAGUGGAUAUGGUGACACCGCCGAACGAAGAGCAUUACCGUCUGCUGAGAAGACUACUUGCACCAGCCCUUCUUUCGAAGACGUCGUGGCACCUAUCGUUGAGGCGGCUGUAUCAGCUGAAGAAGCUGCUGACCAGAUCGAAGAGCCGCCGAGUAGUGGUGAUGAGGUGGAGAAGUGGUUCAAGGCGGAGUUUGGGACGGAGUACUUCAACUACGUGCGCUGA